UCUAUGUGCGUGUGACGUCAUGACGCAGCAUCAGCUGUUGACAGACCUGAGGCUCAGUGGUGUCGACCUCCGGCCGCUCUGAAUGCACAUUCACUCCGGUGUCAGUGGGGUUGUUUUGAAACGCACAUGUUGUUUGACGACCGCUCGGUAACCGGACAUAUGCUGCCAUGAGUGCUUUCUGUCGUCUUGUUCGUAGAGGGCUGCUGAGCGGCAGGCCUUCUUGCCGUCUGUUCCCCGUGCAGCAGGAUGUGUGCGGGAUGGCUCCCGCGGUCCGGACGGCCAGUUCAUCCAGUCCUGUCAACUUGACUUACGAUGUGUUCGAUGGGAAAGGAGAGAGCACUCCCCUGGUGUUUCUACACGGCCUUUUUGGCAGUAAAUCGAACUUCCACUCGAUAGCGAAGUCCCUGGUGCAGCGCACAGGCCGAAAGAGUCUUAACUGUCCUUUGUCCAGUCAGGUGUUGACUGUAGAUGCCCGUAACCACGGAAACAGCCCUCACAACCCCGUGCUGACGUAUGAGGCAAUGAGCAGUGAUUUGAAACACCUCCUCAGCCAGCUGCAUAUCGAGAAAUGCGUCCUCAUUGGCCACAGCAUGGGCGGGAAGACAGCCAUGACCACUGCGCUGACACAGCCCUCUUUAGUGGAGAGGUUAGUGGUGGUGGACAUCAGUCCGGCCCAGUCUCCCACACGCACCAACUUUCGCUACUACAUCCAGGCCAUGCAGGAGAUGAAGAUCUCCACUGACAUCCCUCGUUCCACCGCCAGGCGAAUGGCUGAGGAUCAGUUGCGCAGUUUGGUCAAGGAGCACUCAGUGCGUCAGUUCUUGCUGACUAACCUGGUGGAACACAAUGGACACUAUAGCUGGAGGGUGAACCUGGAGGCCAUUGCGGCGCACCUCGAAGAAAUCAUGAGUUUUCCCAGUUUUAAGACCAUCUAUGAGGGACCUACGCUGUUUUUGGGUGGUGCCAGCUCUGCUUAUAUCAGCUCUGACGAUUACCCAGAAAUCCAGAGGCUGUUCCCCUACGCUGACAUCCAGUACAUUCCAGACGCGAGCCACUGGAUACACGCAGACAAACCCUUAGAUUUCAUCAGCUCCAUCAGCUCCUUCCUUCAGUCUUAACUGACCCACGCCUGCACCUCAGAACUUUUUAACUCUCAGCACCUCCUGGCGUUCCCUCGCAGAAAACUGAACAUGAGAUUUCAGUAACUUCAGCACGACCGAGUGGAGUCAUUAACGAUGCUAAUGUUUGCCAACACCGGACCAAACUCGCUCUUUUGCAGAAGUCAAUUCUUACCUAUGAACGUUAUCGGUCAGUAUGUGAAAGUGCUGCUUAAGUUUUAUUUAGCUCAAUCUCUCUGCCAGACAUGUAGUGUUACCAAAUUAGAUAGGCGUAGAUGUCAUUUUUGUUCAUUUCGGGGCAGAUAACAGCAAUGAGAAUAUCUCCAGUUUAACACGAUGUGAGUGGAUUUCGAAGAGACGUAAUAAUCCAAAGCAAUUCUCAUUUGCGCGCCACUUUCUAUUCUUUUGACACAUUUAUCCCAGAAUACCAGAAUGGUGUGUGUGGGCCGAGUACUUGUAAGUGGUUCUGGUACUGCGGCGACACAAACACGGAAUACCUGAGAAGCCUCCCGUGGAGAAAAGGGGAGUGAGAUGCUGGAGCUCUGAGCUCUGAGGCUGCAGGGGCCUGCUGUGGGAUGUAGUCAUCACCGGUCGGCGAUAGCGGUUUGUUCUGUGCGUUGUGGGUUCUCCUCCUUGGUAAAUCUGUCAUGUGGGCCGGACGCGCACAGUGCUGGUGAGAUUUCUAUGCCCACGUAAUCGUGUGAGAACACCAAGCUGAAAGCCUCCAAUGCAGUCUUAGCACAAACUGUCUCCUGAGGUCUCAGGUGACCACUGGACAUUUUGCGUUCUUUUCCUCCUCUACAGCCCUCUCAUGUCUGGCGGCGAGCCGUGGUGAUGUCGUUACGUCUGUACCUGGUCAGUCCUUUCAGUGUUUGAUGAAACAAAUGUUUUCCUAGUUCCCCUGUUAGUUUCUCACUUAUCCCUACAAAUAAUGCACAGCUCUAUAUGGGUAUGUCACAGAUAUAUGCUGCAACAAUGCGUGUCGUUCCGUAAGUGUAGUUGUGUUCUUAUCAUUUCAGUCUCCAUUGCGUUAGAUGACUUGCGUCCAGUAGUGAAACUGCCAUCUGUAUGAAGCAGCAGGGUGUUGUUCAUGUGUAUGUGCCUCUUUUCUGAAGAGCUCCUUUUCCAUUACAGUAAAACUUUAUUAAGAAGUCUAUUCUACAGUACUGUCCGGUAGGGAUCAGAUUGGCAGCUGGGUUGCCAGUUCUAUGUGAAUUAACAGCGCUAUUAAAAAAAAAAAAAAAGCACUAAAUGUUUACUACUGUAAGUGUUUUAUCUAGUUAGAUGUUAAUAUAGAUGUAAAAAGGCUUUAGAAGGGUCGGAAUUCAGUUGGUUGACUUCUUAUUUUAUUCUUUUUCUAAAUCCCCCGUUUGUGAAAGGUCACCCCCUUCAUCCUCCUCUCCCUCAGGAGUGGCGCUCCCUUUGGCACACGAUGAAUAGAUUGUCGGGGGGGCGUAGGUAGGGCUGACAUUUGAAUGCAGGUCUUGCUGCAGCUUCCGCAGUGUCGCAGUAAAGCGGGCGCAUUCUGCCAGCAGCCAGCUGUCCCGAGACGGCAAACAUCUGUACUGGAUUGUAUUCUCUUUGACUAUGAGCAUGCCUUUUUCUUUUAUCAGGUGUUCCCUUGCUGUGCUGUAUAUUUAUAUAGAGAUGAAUAUAUAAACUAAAUUUGUUACCACUGUGGUGGCACUUAUUCUAAAUAUUGGCCUAUAUACAAAAAGAUGUAAUGUUUGCAAGUUGCUUAUAGAAAUGGAUUAUAUAUUGUUGGGAACAUUAUACAAUAAAAUAUCCGAAAUCUUCAACAGC